AUGGCCUUUGUGCCAGCCAAGAGGAAAAAGAACACCAAAUCCGUGAUGGAAGGAAGUAACCAACAACAGGCUGGAUCCUUAUCAGCGGACAGAGGUGAAUCUUUUUCCAAUUUUGCAACUAAUUCUACCAACUCUGAAGCGGAGCUUGACAAAGCCAAGUCUAAUGAGAAUAGAACACAGAGUAAGGUCCCUCAAGAGAAACCGCCGGAAAAAGAGAUACCAAAAGUACCAAUGGGACCAGGACCAUAUUUUUAUAUCAGUGGAUCUAAUGGAGUUGGGCUUGAGAGCAUCUAUUGCCAGAGCAGAGGCUGGCAGCGUAUCUAUGACAACAGAGGAGAGGAUUAUGCACUGAAAUGGUGUGAAAUCAAGUGCCGAGAGACCUAUUACCAUUUCAAAGAAGGUGAACAACUUCUCUAUCAGAUUCCCAACAACAGAGUCCUCACCAGUAAGAUAGGGCUUUUACGCUGCCUGAGAGAGCAAGAGCGGGUGAUGAAAAAGAUCAGUAGGAGCUCUAAUUCCAAGUUACUGAAAAUGGAAGAAUUCUUCCCAGAAUCUUUUUGCCUGGACUUAAAAGAUGAGAGAAAUGCCUUUCUUGAGCUUUGCAAAGAAGAACAGAUUUGGAUCUGCAAACCAAGUUGCUCUAACCAAGGCCGAGGAAUUUUCCUGCUUAAAAAUCCAGCUGUUGUCAACACCCUUCAAGCCAAGCUCCACAGCACCGAGGAAUACCUACUCAAUAAGAGGGUGCCACACAAGGCUCCCCCAGCAAGAAUAGUGCAAAGAUAUAUCCACCAGCGUCUGCUCCUGGAAGGGAAGAAGUUUGAUGUCCAGUCUUACCUCCUCAUUGCCUGCACAGCACCAUAUGUGUUGUUUUUUGCCCAGGGUUAUGUCCAGUUGACCUGUGUCAAUUAUGAUGCCGCUUCGGAUGAUCUGACUGUUCAUCUCAGCAAUCAGUACAUGCAGAAGAAGAACUCCCUGUACAGCCAGUUGAAAGAUGAGACAGUUUGGCAGAUGGAGCACUUCAGCAGCUACGUUAAUGAGAAGUUCAGAAAAACCAACGGCCUCCCCAAAGACUGGGUUUUCACUGUGUUUACUAAAAGGAUGCAGCAUGUCAUGCUGCAGUGCUUCCUGGCAGCCAAGCACAAACUGGAUCGCAAACUGGGCUACUUUGAUCUCAUCGGCUGUGACUUUUUAAUUCAUUAAAACUUUAAGGUCUGGCUUCUGGAGAUGAAUGCAAACCCAGCAUUGCAUACCAACUGCAAAGUCUUGAGAGACAUCAUCCCAAUUGUAGUCUACGAGAGUCUUGAUUUGGUUCUCAAGGUCUUCAACAAGCGCCUCAAAGGCCAGAGUGUUUUGCCUUUAGAGACGCUCUACCGUUUUGUGCUUCUCUAUCACGAGGAUGCUGCAGACCUUGGCCAGAAACAACCCUCGAAGCUCAGAACUGGCCUGUGUACCGGACGAUUUCUGCGACCACAAACAGGGAGUACCAGCCACCUCAGUCAGAGCCCUGCCGAAGUGCUGGAGAACUCUUCCAAGAAGGACUCUGAGGAAAGACUGCUGAUCCUGUUUCCAGAAGAUCUGCUUUUCCUCUCUGUGGAUAAGGACAGAAGAGCAAUCACAUACAAGGGAAAACUCCCCCUGACUGGAAUCCAGGCAAAGGAGAAAUCCGCUGUGCUGGGGAGGUUACAGUUUGAAAUCACGGCAUCUCCUCAACAGGCAAAGGCAACAGCGCUGGCCGCACAACACGGGUUAAGAGCCAGGCAAACCCUGCGACGUGCCAUCGCAGCUGCACGCAGAGCCCUCCGAGUCCGGGAGCAGGCAGCCUGCCUCCGUGGAGCAGAAGGGGCGCAGAGACAUUACUCAGCCUCCCAGACAGACAGACACCACCAAGUCCAACCCCAAGUCAUCACCCAAGAGCUGCUUCUCUUACAGCCAGAGACGGACACCGCCAGCAGAGCUCCAGGUCAACAGCUACCCAGAGCCGGGGCUGGUCAGCGUUACCCGAGGGGCGGACAGCCUCCGCUGGACCGCGACGCCCAGCCCACCCCUGCCACGGCGGAGAGACGCAGCCCUUGGAGCAGCAGCUACCUCUGUCCGUGGCUGCUCGGUGGCGGCAGCACAAACCCAGCUCCCAUCCCCGGCUCGGAGGCCCAGCCGCGGCUGUAA